ACAAAAACCGCCUUGUCUGCCUGCGCCCUCGACGUCAUUCAUUUCACCACGAACCCCGGAUUCAGGCGGACAUCACGAAGAACAUCCCUUGCUCUCAGCAAACGAGGUGUAGACCAGCGCCAUGUCUGACGAGGGGAAGCUGUUUGUCGGUGGACUUAGCUUCGACACAACGGAGCAGUCCCUUGAAGAGGCUUUCUCUAAGUACGGGGUUAUCUCAAACGUUCACGUUGCCAGAAAUCGGGAAACCCAGAAAUCGCGUGGUUUCGGUUUCGUCACAUUCGAGAACCCGGAUGAUGCGAAAGACGCCUUGGAGGGAAUGAAUGGAAAGUCUGUCGAUGGCAGAACGAUCCGCGUGGAUGAAGCUGGGAAGCCCGGUGGUGGACGCUCAGGCGGUGGCGGCGGCGGUUACCGUGGUGGCGGAGGCGGCGGUGGAUUCUUCCGUGGAGGUCGUGGCAGAGGUGGGCCACGAGGUGGCGGAGGAUACGGAGGUGGUGGUGACCGUGGAUACGGUGGCGGUGGAGACCGUGGUUAUCGUGGCGGCGGCGGUGGUGGUGACCGUAGCUACAGCAGAGGUGGUGGCAGCGGCGGUUACUCCAGCCGGAGUGGGGGCUACUCCUCAGGGGGAAGUGGUAGCUACAGCCGGGACAGGGACCAGUCUGGCGGCUAUGGUGACAGGUCUGGGGGCUCGUACCGAGAAGGCUAUGACCGCUACGCUUCGUUCGACUAAAUAUCAGCCUGCUCCCUCUUUGCCCUGAGAUCAACACCUCACAAAGAUGCCCACCGCAAGAAAACCCAAAUUGGUCAAGUUAUCUCUUUCUUGUUUUCUUGGCGAUUUGCAAAUCGCGUUUUCCUAUGUUGAAUUUUACUUACUUGCGUGCAUCUUUGUUUUGUGGGGGGGGAACACGAAAAAAAAGGGGGAUGUUAAGUUUCUGACAAGACCGUCAGAACAAGUUAAAAGCAAAUCUGCCUCGUUGGCAUCACACUCAUUUGCAGCAGAAUCUUGGUCCUUCAUUCAGUAAAAUCAGGCAGCCUCGUUUGUGAACCAAAAGAAACGAAUUGACCUUUUUUAUAUUUGAUUUGUCAUAGUGAAAGGUGACGUCCUGCUAUUUUAGGACCCAACCAAUCCUAACAGUUUGCUCCGUUGUAGUUCUCUUGGUCUCUGAGAUAUCUGAACAUAAUGUCCCAUUUCCUUAAGAUGACCUAACUUUUUUAUAUGUAUUGUAAAGGCUACUUUCUACGUCCAUGUGAAGAGUAAAGUUACGCAUAAGCAGUCACUUUGACACUUUUUUUCUUUGUUUUGAAGGAUUCUCCAAUAGGAAUAUCGGCAUUUUUAUAGCCCGGCCCACCGCUCUUAAGUGAUGUUUUUAAAGAACAGAGACAUAUCUCCCACACAGGCAUCCGAUAGACCAAACUAAAUUGUCACUGUCUAUUUUUGGCUAAGACGCCAUAUUUAACACACCAGGUUCCAUGCAGUUUUUCAUGAAGCGCUUGUCAACCCUGAAAAGAGGUAUUGGUGUGAGGUGAUGUAACGUUGGGUUUAGGGAGGGGUUGCCCAUGAUCAGUUUCCAAAGCAUGGCUUCCUUUCAGACUGGUGAAGUGCCCUGCUUCUACUACUGAGGCCAGAACCUGCCCACUUCUGGCCCAGCCCUGGCCCACUACAGGCCCAGACUCAGCCCUGCCCUCCACGGCUCAUUACCCCUCUCCAGUCAGUCUGAGGUAUCAGAGACCCCUGCUCCUCCAAACCAACAGCUUCUCUCUUUCUUUUUUUUUAAAUUUACUGUAAACUAUGGACUUGACACAAACUCUUAAAGGAAACAAAAAAGAACCACCACAACAACAAAUAAACAAAAAAGAUUUAAUGGAAAUGGAUAACUUGAUAAAUCACUGUCGGGGGAGAUUUAAAAAAAAAAAAAAAAAAAAAACACUUCAUAUGUGCAACUGUCCUCACUCAGCAUAGAGGGGAGAUAACGUUACUGUGCUCUCUGUGUUCUGUUCUCUCUGUACCAACUCCUAUUUGAUAUUCCUCAGUUCUUUUGUUGUUGGGUUUUUUUUUGUGUGUUCAUUUUUGGCUUCAUGGAGCCCAUUAAACGAUGGAUUUGUUGAAAA